AUGGCUGCAGCAGACGAAUUACUUCUUACUGAACUUGUAGAGCACUCGAAAGAAUAUCUUCGUGAAUUUCAUUACAAAUGGAUUCUACAAUUUCCUUUUCAAGUUUUGAACCAUACUAUUUCUCAUUUGGAUAGCUGUAAAGAUUUACGAGAAUUAAGUUUAAAUACUAUAUGCGAGAACCCAACUGCGGCAUUAGGAAAUAAAGAACGUAAAGUUCCUUUUUGA